AUGCCCAUAGAGAGCGUAAAUGGCGUGCUCUACUUCCUGACAUUUACAGAUGGAAGAGAGGAGGCGAGCAAAGAGAUUAAGAUCUUCUACUCGAACAGAGAGCGUCUACAUCAUGGGGGCAUAGCAACUCCUCCAACGACAAGGCGUCCGGCACAAAAGAAGAGGGGUGCUGAACGCCUCAAUCGGACACUCUUCAAUAUGGUCCGAAAAUGGAGCGGCGUAUCGAAGCUAGAGCAGGCACUUUUGGAUGAGAUAACUACAGCAGUAGCCUAUGCGUACAAUCACUGGGCUGUGCUACUUUUGCAAUCCUUCACUCCUUUGGCUCGCGGAUCGGCCGCUGCUCCUGCCUCAAAAGGGAGCAUUUUCACCCAAAGAGUCAAAGGACUGGGCAUCUCGGUUGACCUCCUCACCAAGGGCUUGCCACUGGCACAGGCUCGUCAGCUGCCAUACUUUAUUGGCCUCAUCGGCCAAUAA